GGCAGGUGGGUAGAGGUCCGCAAGUGGUGGGGCAGGGCCGAGGCGCGCCGGCAGGGACGGGGCCGCUACAGGGCAGCAGAGGAGUGCCGCUCCUCUCUGCAGGGCAGGGCCGGGACGGCGGCGGCGGCCCCUGCUGUCGGCGGCGCCAGCGGCUGCAGUCGGCGGCUGCGGUGGCUGCGGCCCCGGCAGUGGCGGCAGCGGCUGCUGCUGUCGGCGGCUGCGGCGGCUGCAGCCCCGGCUGUGGCGGCGGCGGCUGCUGCUGUCGGCGGCUGCGGCGGCUGCGGCCCCGGCAGUGGCGGCGGCGGCUGCUGCUGUCGGCGGCACCGGCGGUGGCGGCUCCCGCUGCAGGGGCGGCGACGGCUGCUGCUGCAGGGGCGGCGACGGCUGCUGCUGCAGGGGCGGCGACGGCGGGGCGGCAGGUCCGUGAGGGAGCCGAGAAGGGGCCGCGGAGGAGCCGAGAAGGGGCCGCUAAGGGCGGUGAAGGGGCCGCGAAGGGGCCGUGA